AUGACAAAUAAAAGUGAAAAUGUUGUAUUGAAAGAAUUCAGCAGCAUGUUAGACGAAUUGACUUUCAAUUCAGGCCCCAUUAUUGCUAGCCUUGCUAAAUUUUCUGAAGAACAUAUUGAAUAUUCUCAACAAAUUGUGGAACUAGUAGAAAAAAAAAUUACCAAAAGUGUACCUAAGCAAAAAUUAUAUGCAAUUUAUGUUUUGGAUUCUAUUUGUAAAAAUGUAGGGAGUCCCUACACCAUUUAUUUCAGUCGAAACUUGGCAAAACUUUUUAAAUCCACCUAUUUAAUUGUUGAUAAUAAAACAAGACAAAGUUUAAUAAAUACUUUUAAAACUUGGGUUAUCCCACCUAACACAGGUGGUACUAAUGAUCCUACUAGUAACACUUAUCCUCUUUUUGAUCAAGACGUAUUAAAGAAUAUCGAAAAUUUUCUAAUUCGAGCUAGUGCCCUACAUGAAAGGCAAAUAAAAAUGGUUACACCAAAACCAACCAUUCCACUAUUACUAAAAGAAAUUGAUAGAUUAAUAAUGAUUUGUAAUAAUAUUGUGAAUAUUACCGCCAAUAAUGGUUCUGCUACACAGGUAGAGAAAACAAAUGCUAAAAUAAUAUUGCUACAAGAAUUAAGACAAGAACUUUUAAAAAGAGAAUUGCCGCAAGAAGCUUUAAAACAAGUACAGGAUCAAUUAACUCAGAAUUUUGUCAAGGAACAAAAAUAUUCUUUACAACUGCAGCAGCAACAACAACAACAACAAAAAUUGGUCAACAUCUCACCACCAUCCUCACAACUCCAACAAUUCCCCCUUUCGCAAGCAAAUAAGAAUAUUUUGUUUUCUAAUUCUUCAAUUCCUAUUAACAACGGCGCAAAUAUCAAUGCCCCCGCGGUUAUAAAUAACACAUCAGAUGAAUUUUCGAACAAUGGCAUUUUCGGCAUGUCUCAAAAUCCGUUAUUUCCUUCCACAAAUACUACUGCUAAUAAUAAUAUUUCUUCUACCAUUCCGAAUGCUAGUAAAGCAACCGACACAAUCAACAUUUCAAGAACAUCCCCGGAGGAAUUUAUUCAUCAAUUACAAGAAAAUAAGAUAAACAACUUGCAAAAACUAUAUAAUUCAUUGAAGGAAAAUGAUUUAUUAUAUAUUCCUGGAAAAGAAAGUAUCGUGGGCCUUUGUAAUAACUAUUUAUCUUCUAAUUCAAUAGAUUCUAUCGAUCUAAUUAAGAAUUUGCCCCCUUUAGAGUUACUAAACAAUUUAGUACAGGAUUCAAUUAGUAUUAAACUAGAUUUAAAUGCAUUUAUUAAUUCUUCCAAUUUUCAAUUAAAUAAUUGGACUAUUAACAACACUAAUAUUGACACUAAUAUUUCCAUCAAAAACGAUAAUAAUUAUGUCCAAUUUUUGUAUAGAUAUAAACCAUGUAAAUGUUCCAUGUGUGGAAAACGUUAUGUUACUAAAUCUACAGAAUUGAAUGAACACUUAGAUUGGCAUUUUAGAAUUAACAAAAAAUUGAAAAAUAAUCGAAACAAGGUUUUACAAAGUAGAAAUUGGUAUUUAAAUGAUGAUGAGUGGAUCCAUACGCCAAAUAGUAAUAAUAAUGAUACCGAUGCUAUUGUCUUUAAUGAUAACAGUGUUAGCAAUGGUGGCAUGAAUGAAUAUAAUAACCAUGCUAAUGUUAAUCACCGCUUAUUUGAUAAAAACCUUACAGGUAAUUUAUCAAUACAUGGAUUGGCGCAAGAAAAUCCUAAUCCUUUCUCAUUUACCAGAAUUAAUGAUACUGCUGCUGCUGCUGCUACUAGUUCUAAUUCUGAUAAUAAUAAUAAUAAUAAUAGCAGAAAGAGAUCAUUUGAUCAUAACACUAAUAUUAGAGAUAAUGAUUUCAUAACCCCGCUGCAUAAUGUAAAUAACAAAAAACACAGGCCAGAUAAAAUCCAAGAUAUUAAUUUGAUGUUUGAAGUUAUACCAGACUCAUCUAAUAGUAUGGAAAUAGAAUGUUAUAUGUGUAAAGAUGUUAUACAAGGAAUUUAUAACGAAGACGAGGGACAAUGGGUAUGGCCAAAUUGUAUUAAGACAGACGAUGGUAAUUAUUGUCAUGCUACGUGUUACUAUGAAAUUCAGCAAAACCAAUAG